AAAUGCUUUAAAUAAUAUUUUUAAUUUUAUCUAUUUGCAUUUCAUUUGCCACAAAUAUUUACGGGAUGAUGGCAGCUACAGAAAACAGAAGAUCGACUGCCGCGCAGUUCUUUAUGGACGAGGAAACAACACACAAUGAGUCUGUAUCAACGUAUGACAAGGUAGUGGAACUUCUGAAUCAGGCUUCUCUUGUACAGAAAGAUCAACAGAAAAUCAACAUUCUCAGACAGGUCCAGGAAUUAAUCAUUCACAAAGAUCCCACACUGCUAGAUAACUUCUUAGAUGAAAUGCUUGCUUUCCAAAGUGAUCGAUCUGUCGACGUCAAGAAAUAUGUCAUCACUUUCAUGGAGGAGGCCUGCAAAAAAGACCCAGAAUUGUUAAACAAGAUUCUACCAUGUCUACAGAUUCUACUGCAAGACGACAAUGUCAAUGUACAAAAGAAAGUCAUUCUCUCUCUACCACAAGUGUACAAAGUCAUAAUAAAGUGGUUAGCCAAGGCUAAGACAAUGACGGAGGAGAAAUCUUUUGUAUGGGAGACCAUGAAGUCAUUAAAGAACAGAAUGUUUGAGCUGAUAGACUCGGAAAACGAUGGAGUGAGAACUCAUGUAGUGAAGUUUAUGGAGGGAGUUAUCUUGACACUGUCACGCAAAACCCCUGAGUCUGAGGUACCGAAAUCUUCUAAACCUGAGGCUGAAGUCACGCUGGACAUAAUUCCAGAGGACAACAAGUUCUUACGAGUUAAGCGUCUGGAGGAACAGGGCAGACAGAUGUUUGACACACUUCUACAGUUCCAAGCUUCCCCUCAUAUAUCUAGCAUUAAUUUGAUGACUGUUAUGGGGAGCUUGACCACCAUUGCCCGCCAGAGGCCUGUCUUCUUUGGAAAAGUUGUCCAGUCUUUUGAGACAUUGCAGGUUAAUCUUCCACCGACCCUGGCUAAGUCUCAGGUGAGCAGUGUUCGUAAGAAUAUGAAGAUGCACAUGUUGUCUCUGCUAAAACACAAGGCCUCCGUGGACUAUAUCACUCAAAUCACCACCCUACUGACGGAUCUAGGUGCCACAAACUCCGAGGUGAUGAAGAGCAUGCCAAAGAUAGAUGAGAGCAGGAAGAGGAAGGCGGAGGAGGCCGGGGGAUCAAUGAAGAAAGCCAAAACUGAGACAGAGAUUGAGUUGGAUGACGAUGAUGCUGGUAUGACUCCAUUUGUGGAUCGCUCUAAAGUUAAAGCACCUGCCACGUUAAAACAGAGACAGACAGCAGUAGACAUCACGGCAGAGGACAUUAUCCCCCGUUUGACCCCACAGAAUGUUGCUGACCUCGUUCUCAUCAGCAUGGUGAUGUUGCCAGACCAGUUACCUCCCCACUUUCAGGCGACCUACACUCCCAUUGCUGCUGCUGGCACUGAAGGACAGAUUAAACACAUGGGAAGACUUCUGGCCAAUCAGCUAACUGCUGCAGGAAUGGGCAAGGGGAUUGCAGAAGUUCAGAUUGAGGAGGCUUCAGUAGAAGAUGGUGGAGCUUCUCCCGAAUAUCAGCCGACAUCUCCUAAACAGGUCAUACAGACCGUUGUCGGGGGACUUACAGAGCCACAGUCAGCAGCUUUCUCAAAGUCAUCCAAUUUACCGACAGCUCCUCAGAUUCCAUCUGUGAGGCCAGGUAUUAAACAGUUCAAACUGUCUGCAGUGACCACCGAUCUGGACAGGGACCGACUGGACGAAAUGACCAUUGCAUCGGUCAGAAGAAUACUAGAAGCCGAGAAAAGUGCAGCAUUAGGCAAUGCCCUUCCAGCCAGAACCAAAUUAUUAACAAGUCUGGUGUCACAGUUUGGUGGAGAGCUGAAAAAUUUAUUACAAGAGUACAUAUUUGAGGACCUGCGUAACCGGGCUGACGUAGCUUUCGCCUGGCUGUAUCAGGAAUACGCUAAUUGUCAGGGCUUCUGUGCCUCCAGUCUGAGAAAUGAACGCUCAUCAAUGGCCAGUUAUGAUGAAUGCUUGACCAGACUUUUAUCAGGACUACUAGAACGCACAGAACUGACCACCAAAGAAGGAUUAUUUCAUCGUUUGAUUUUGGAGGCUCCAGCUAUCACAGACAAUGCCAUUCAGAUUCUCAAGAAAUACUGCAUGGACAAAGAUCGAGUGGUGAGUGGGAUUAACACUCUUCGUCAGCUGAUUUUGACCCGACCCGCCCACAGAUUGAGAUACCUUGAGGUCUUGCUGAUGUCCUGUCACCACGACAUGCCAGAAGUGAGGGCCACUGCCAUCCACUGUAGUAAACAGCUGUAUGAAAAGGGUCACAUCAGACCGUACAUCGAGCAAUAUGCCACAAAGAUGUUAAAGAAUCUCCUUUUAACAAAACCACCAACAGAAAUGUUAGGAAAAAGUAAAAAUGACCCUGCAUUACAAACAUGGACAGAAGACACCAUUAAGAUGUGUUUAUACCUUUACCUGGGUUUGUUGCCUAGCAACCAUAAGCUAAUCCAUCAGUUAGCCAUGGUGUAUACAUCUGCCGGAGCUGAUAUCAAGAGGAUCAUCCUCAGGGCACUGGAGAAUCCCGUGAAAGGUAUGGGAAUGAAAUCCCCUGAGCUGUUAACAUUAGUGGAAAGUUGUCCAAAGGGAGCUGAAACCUUGGUCACUAGAGUCAUACACAUCCUAACAGAUAAAGCCUCACCAUCACCUGAAUUGGUGGAGAGAGUCCGUGAUCUUUAUCACAAACGUGUCCCUGAUGUCAGAUUCCUUAUCCCAGUUCUCACCGGACUUUCCAAGGAUGAAGUGAUACAAGCCCUGCCCAAACUAAUCAAGUUAAACCCCAUUGUUGUGAAGGAGGUGUUUAACCGUCUUCUUGGUGGCCAUAGCGACGCUAACUACACCUCUCCCCUUACUCCUGUGGAUCUGUUAAUAGCACUACACAACAUAGACCCAGCCAAGUGUGACAUGAAGACCAUCAUUAAAGCUACAAACCUGUGCUUCAGUGAGAAGAACAUUUACACUCAGGAGGUUCUGGCAGUAGUGAUGAAGACCUUAAUGGAACAAGACCCCCUCCCUACACUGUUUAUGAGGACGGUUCUACAGUCCCUGUCUAUGUAUCCCAGACUGAUGGGAUUUAUUCUCAAUAUCCUUCAGAGGCUCAUUGCUAAAGAGGUCUGGAAGAAUAAGAAGGUCUGGGAAGGUUUUAUUCGAUGUUGUCAGAAGAUGAAGCCUCAGUCCUUUGCUGUUUUACUGCAGUUAAAAGCUCCUCAGUUAAAGAGUGUAUUUGAGAGUUGCCCAGACCUCAGAGAACCGCUACUAAACCAUGUCAACUCAUUCGCUCCAAACCAGAAAGCUCACCUGCCCAAAUCAGUGUUAGCUGUCUUGGAGAAUCCCCCAGAGGUGACCCCCAUUACACCCCAGGCUGAGGUGGCACCACCUACCCCCGUCCCCUUCACCCCCACAGUUCUAGCACCACAGGUUACCACAGUGAAGAUUGAGAAUACUGUAGUACCUAUGGAGACCCAGUCUAUACAAAGUGUUCAGUCAAUUCAGACCAUAGGAUCAAACUUGGUUCAAGUGAAGCAAGAGCCCCCUGAUCCUGAAGAAAUUGCUAGACAAGCAACUGAAAACAGAGAGCCACAGGAAUCAGGGGCCAGAGAUUCACCAGAGAAAGACAGAAAAGAGAUGCCAGCCAGGAGGAAAUCAAAGAGGUCAACAGAGGAUAGAGCCGAGACUGAGAUGGAGGAAGCUGACUCUCCAGAGAAUGCCCUCGCUAUUGCUGAGGAAACCAUGGACACGUCUGUUAAUAAUGACUCACAAGGGGAGCAGUCACAAGAUUCUACAGGAGAUCAUCCACCAAAGACGAGUCGAUCUAAGUCAUCAGAAUCUAGUUCAUCCGAGGCUAGGCCCAGAAGAAGCACAAGGUCACGGAAAUAGGUCAUCUCUUUAUUCAUUCCUGACGUUCGUGUAACAGCAGUGCCUUGUUGGGAUCCAUGAAUAGUUUCUUUUGACUUUUACUGAUGAACAACUAGUGCUGUUAAGUAAGCUCUGAUUAGUGAGCUAGACAAAAUGUUGUGUACAUUGAAAAAUUUGUGAAAUUGAAAAUAAAUACAGGUCUGUUAUAGACUGUAAAACUUUU